AUGAAAGAGAUUUUGAGACGCGGUUUGGAAUAUGAGAGACGGUCAGAUCCUGCCAGCAGGCGGUCAUCUUUCAUCCUUGUACAACAUUACAUUGGUCGACUCUCUCAUCACAUACGGGCUAUAAAAGAGCUGCUUCGGGAUGCCCAGGAUCUGAGUCACCUUCUCGAUAACCACGCUGUCUGUAAGAUUUAUGUACCAUCCGCCGUACCUUCACCCAUUCGCGACUCGCACACCAACUUUCGGGAAAUUCUGAACCGAAUGUUUAAGAAAAAUGAUUGUGAUAGGAAACUGCUCGACGAUGGUCUCCUCCACUUGGAUAAGGAGACCGGGAUCUUUGAAUCUUUUCUGCUUCAAUACGAUGGCUCCUUGCUCGAAGUCCAUGCAGAGGUCCAGGUAUUGGAGUGCUUCCACAAGAUGCAAAAGUCAUUCACGGGUGACGAUCGUCUCAUCGGUUUUAGUGAACCAGCUUGCCUCUACUACGAAAUGUACUUUAAAUAUAAUCCAGCCCGUGUGAUGUUGUCUUCCUCUGACCGCAAGAUUUGGACAAAGUGGAGUCCUCCACAUGUGUAA